UACCCGAUGGCAGAAUGACUUCUUGAUACAAGACUUGCAGAUGGUGCUGAAGUUGAAAUGGAAGUCAUUCCAAUGGGUGUUAACGGACAUGAAAUAGCAAAUGCUCUUAGGAGUACCCCAGCAUUGGUUGUAGAUGAGGCUAUGCUGGAAAAGAUACUGGGGCCUCCUAGGUUUGAUGACGGAGAAACUGCAAAACGUAUGGCAACUCCUGGAGUAUCAAUUGGGCUCGUCUGGACCUCCUUUGGUGGAGACGUCCAGUUCGUUGAGGCCACAUCAAUGGUGGGAAAGGGUGAUUUGCAUCUCACUAGCCAACUUGGUGAUGUUAUCAAAGAAUCUACUCAAAUAGCUCUAACAUGGGUAAGGGCAAGAGUAGCAGAUCUUAAGUUUUCAGCUGCUGGGGAUAUCAAUUUGCUUGAGAAUCAGCAUAUUCAUAUACAUUUUCCAGCAGGAGCUGUACCUAAGGAUGGACCCUCAGCAGGAGUCACUUUGGUAACAUCUUUAGUUUCUCUGUUUUGUCAAAGAAGAGUUCGAGCAGAUACAGCAAUGACUGGAGAUUACUAUUGAGCAUACAUAAUCUAGUUUCUCUGUUGCUCCAGUACAUACUACUAAUUAUACAUGAUAUAGAUUACUACCGAGCAUACAUAAUCUAGUUUACUACUAAGUAUACAUAUAGGUUAUAUAUCCAAAUUGAUAUUGUAAUUUACAUAUGAAAUGAUGGGUGCUAUUAUUAUAAUCUUGCAUGUUCGAUUAACUGAAUAUUUAUUAAAAGAAAACUAAGAGGGGAAACAAAAUGGAUGAUGGGAUCAUGGGAAGUUAUCUGGCUAAUACAAAGAAGAGGAAUCCUCCAGCUGCCCUAAAAGGCUUCUAUCUGGUUCCUACUAAAUGCAGCAUCCGGCCUAGCCUGUUCCAUAACCAACCAUUUAGCCUUAUGAAAUGCUUGAUUUAGACAUAAGGAUUUGUCAUUGAAAAUCUUGCCAUUAUGAUCCAACCAAAUCAACCAAGUGAUGCACAAAGGCACCAAGCACCAUAUCUUUCUUUUCUUCCUACCCUUCCUAGUGAAGUGCCACAUUGCCAAUAACUCUGCAAAUUUCCUAGGCAUGGCCCAGCAAACCUCCAGUAGCUCAAAGAACCUGUCCACACUUUCCUGGAAUAUGUGAAGUGUAAGAAGAGAUGAACCACAUUUUCCUCAUUUUUUGGCAAAGGAUGCAUCUGUUAGGUAUUAUCAUGUCUCUUCCUCAAGUUUUCAAGCAUUAGUAUCUUGCUUUUGCCAGAAAACCAACCAAAAGCCACCAACUCAGGGUGAAUUUGGGAACUUCCAAAUGUACUGGAUCAGAUCCUUGUGAGAUUGCAACUGGGGAUCAUGAAGCAUCAGGUAGAAGAAUCUCACUGUAUAAGCUCCAGUCUUACUAGAUUUCCAUAUCCAUCUAUCCCUAUAUGAGGUGAGAUGUUUGUGAUCGUGCAGCAUUUCCAUCAACCUAACAUGUUCUGUAAAUCUCCUGAUUGAGGAGAUCCCUCUGAAUGUAGCAUUUCCAUGGUUGAUUUUACAUAAAACAGAGAAUAGAUCAUACAUUUUAAUUUUAAUGUAAAUUACUACUUAAUCCACUAUAAGAUUGUAAACCAUAAUUUUGUGUUGUAAAAAAAUGAUUCACAUCAUAAAUGACCCAUAAUCCGGAUUGUGAGAUUUGGAACAGAAAAUGUUUUUGGGGUGACGAUUUCUCCAGUCAAAGAAGACGCACCAUUGCCAAGAUUCCAUUGACCUGAUGUUCCAAUAGAUGCUUUCAGACAACCGUACAAGCUGUAGUUGUUCAUCAGCCCAGCAAAAGUCAUACCCAAAUCUUGUGUUGUGACUUUGUAUUAUUUGUGGAACCUAAUGUUGUGUAAUAGUUUGAUUGAGUUUGUUUUGAAAACUUUAAAUAGUAAACAAGUGAGAUUGAUUGUUUGAUUGAGUUGUUAACUAUUUUGUUGGUAUUAUGGCUUUCAU